CAGGCUUUGAAUUCAGCAGCGGCUUAGAAGAGAAGGUGGACUCAUUCUCCAGCUGACCAAUCGCAGUUAAGCAUCCCACACGUGACGAGCAGUGAGGGCCAGUCUUUAAGCUUUGCAUCAGAAAACCGCUGGUCCAGACGGACGGAGUGAGCGUGAGAGAGGGCUAAAGCCUGCCAUACGCACUAAUCCCUCCACAGUGAUCAUGUGUCAGGGGAGUCUGAAGCAGCAGAAGCAGAAGGGGCCGGUGCGGAGCACUGCGGGGAAAUGGUGAGAUGCUGCAGGUCUUUGAACAGCUCUCCCUCUUGCUACAAUCUUCACAGAGUCAGGGUUGAUGUGCGGCGUUUUCGUCCACCGGGCUCCUCAGCGGGAGCGACAGGGGAGCCCGCACACGGCGCCAACAACGCCAGCACGGGAGGCCCUGGAGCCCCGGGGGGCCCGUCUCAGCUCAGCCACCGGAGCCGAUUCAGGUUGCAGUUCCCACAGUUGGCCCUACGGCGGCGACUAGGCCAGCUGAGCUGCAUGUCCCGGUCUACUGUUCGCCUUCGCUCAUGGCCUCUGUCCAUCCUCUACUACAUCCUGCCCUUUGGAGCACUCAAACCUCUUGCCAAAGUAGGCUGGAGGCCCACAAGCAGAGUUACAAUCUACAAGUCCAUACCCACAAGACUUCUCUCCAGAGCCUGGGGUCGCUUGAACCAGGUGGACCUGCCAACUUGGUUACGGAAACCUAUCUUUAGAUUGUAUAUAUGGACGUUUGGAGUCAACAUGAAGGAAGCGGCAAUAGAGGAUCUACAACACUACAGAAACCUGGGCGAGUUUUUUAGGCGCAAACUCAAACCUCAGGUCCGGCCAGUGUGCGACUCGCAUUGCGUGAUCAGUCCAGCAGAUGGCAAGAUCCUUCAUUUUGGCCGCGUGAAGAACUGUGAGGUCGAGCAGGUGAAGGGAGUGACCUACUCCCUGGAGACAUUCCUCGGGCCGCGCAACUGGACCGAGAAUUUAUCUGCUAACAGAAAUGAGGAUGAUCCUGGCACGUACCAGGAUGCCCUGGUCACUAAAGAGGGGAAUGAGUUGUUUCACUGCGUAGUUUAUCUGGCUCCAGGUGACUACCACUGCUUCCACUCGCCUACAGACUGGAGGGUGGCACACAGACGCCACUUCCCAGGUUCUCUGAUGUCAGUGAACCCAGGAGUUGCGCGUUGGAUCAAGGAACUUUUCUGCCAUAAUGAGCGGGUGGUCUUGAGUGGGGAGUGGACGCAUGGUUUCUUUUCACUCACGGCUGUAGGAGCAACAAAUGUGGGAUCUAUACGCAUCUAUUUUGACAAGGAGCUCCGCACCAACAACCCUCGAUACAGCAAAGGAACAUACAAUGACUUCAGUUACGUAACAAACAACAACCAGGAAGGCGUCAGCAUGAGAAAAGGAGAACACCUGGGCGAAUUCAACUUGGGCUCCACUAUUGUACUGUUAUUCGAAGCUCCGCGGGAUUUUACCUUUAAUUUGAAAGCAGGCCAGAAGAUCCGUUUUGGAGAGCCUCUUGGGACAAUGUAACGCCUACGAGAGGGGAACGGAAUCUGAUGAUGGACACGCUAAUCUGUGUGCAGCUGCAUUCAGGGUCUCAAAAACUAAUACACUCACAUUUGCAGAGAUGUACUCUGUUUAAACUGAGAUACAUGUGUGUUCAUAUGUACUCAAUCAACCACCACUGUUGCAUUAUUGCCAUUGGGUUCUCACAGUCGUUUUGUUAGGGUGCGUAGGGGUAUUUUUUUGUUUUUGUUGUAAAAUAAGCUGAGCUUAGACCAUCACGUUGUAUCUGUUUACCAUGAAAUGCCAUCCUGAAUUUUUUGGGCUCUAAAUUAUUUUUCUGUUUUGUUUAGGUAAAGCGAUUUUGUUUAGUUUUUGUGUUUGCCCAUAUUGCCUUUGGCUUGAGUCAACAUGUGUGAAGGGUUUGAAGAGUUCAGGACUUCCACAGCUGACUCUGCAAGCAUUGGGAAUAUAUGAGAGGCCAUCACUAUUUGGUACCUUCGUAUUUCACAAUGCUUAGCUUUUAAACCGUUCUCUCCGUCCAACUUUUGCUCUUCACAAAUAAGGUGCAAGUCAUUUUGACCGUUAAAUCUUGGCCACAUUUACUCACUAAGAACGAGUUUUGGAAAAGACAGGCGACAUUUAUCACUGCUGUUGUUCUCUGGCAUUGAAUUAUGGCUUUGCUUGUUGGUGUAGCAAUUAGUUGGGAGAUAAAUGUUAAGUAUUAUGCUGUCUCAUCUUGAUUAGUGCCAAAACACAAGAUAUAUUUUUUACUAACACACUUUUUUCCCCUUUUGAUAUGAAUCAAGUUCUUGUGAUUGUAUGGCGUAUAUUUUUUGUUCUUGGACUUUUGUUUUAUUAACCAGCACCUGGCAAGUUCUACACCCUGAGCUAAGGAUAAAGACCCUCGGGACCCCCCUAAUCUGGACCACACGAGUGUAUGAAGAUUAGGGGAAGCACUUUGUUUUGAAUGUGUUGAAAACACUGGGCCACACGUCUUUUGGAGAAAAGUCUCAUUAAUUCAAUUUAUGUAACAUAGACAUUAAUUUCAAACUAGUUCAGAGCGCAAGAAACGUGUCAUUAAUAAAUUUUAAAGGUUAUUUAAAA